CAGACCUAUUUACUCUGUAAGAAUUUGUAAUAAAUUUUUUUCAGGAAAAAACUACUCUGCCUAAAUCCAAUCACCUCCCCCUCUCUCCCUCUUGAAAACAAACACCUCCAUUGUUAUUCCUCAUACCUCCCAUCCAUCCAAAACCCCUCAAAAUAAAAAAUAAAUAAAAAUGGAAUCACCCACAUCAUCAAAAAGCUGGAGUAUCUACGGAAGAAGAGAAAUCACCGCAAAGUACGAAAUCAAAGAAGUAAUCGGCUCCGGCGCAUACUCCGACGUUUACCGUGCACUCCGCCGAUCAGACGGCUGUCCUGUUGCCUUAAAAGAGAUCCAUGAUUAUCAGAGCUCAUUCCGUGAAAUCGAGGCCCUACAAACCCUCCAAAACUGCCCAAACGUUGUCGUUUUGCACGAGUAUUUCUGGAGGGAGGAUGAAGAUGCUGUGCUUGUAUUAGAGUAUUUGAAGACUGAUUUAGCUUCUUUAAUUCAAGAGGGCAAGAAGAAAUGGACGGCUGGGAUUUCGUCUGGGGAAAUUAAGCGAUGGAUGGUCCAGAUUUUACAUGGGGUUGAUGCGUGUCAUCGAAAUUCUAUUGUUCAUCGUGAUCUUAAGCCGUCUAAUUUGUUGAUUUCUGAAAAUGGGGUCUUGAAAUUGGCUGAUUUUGGUCAGGCAAGGAUUCUCCUAGAGCCAGGCUUUGUUGCAUCUGCAGAAGACUUGCAAUCGCAACACGAUGAGCGAGAUGCAACAGCUCAAGGUCAUCCAUCUACACUCCAACAACCUGAAGUCAUCAUUAAUGACUCAAGGGAGCAGGCUUGUAUAAAUCAAGAGCAAGGUAAUCUAAGCAAAGAAGACUUUUUCAGAAAUUUAGUUAUGCUGAAGGCUAAAGCUGCUGCUACAGAUGAGACAGAUAGGGAUUCAAACACUCCUGAUGGAGAUAAUUCCUGUCUUGCUACUUGCACCGCGAGUGAAGUAGAAGAUGAUCUACUCAAAGGUUCACAUACAUAUGAACCCGAUGCAGGUGAGGAAAAUUACGGUCCUCUCACUUCAUGUGUUGGGACUCGGUGGUUUAGAGCUCCUGAGUUGCUCUAUGGUUCCAUAGACUAUGGAGUGGAGAUAGACCUUUGGUCAUUAGGUUGCAUUUUUGCUGAGCUUUUCAGUUUAGAGCCCCUCUUUCCUGGAACAUCAGAUAUAGAUCAACUCUCUAGAAUUUUCAACGUUUUGGGCAACUUAACGGAGGAGACCUUUCCUGGUUGUUCAGACCUCCCUGAUUAUAAAAUGAUUUCAUUCUGUAAAAUAGGAAAACCCCUUGGGUUAGAAGCAUGCUUGCCAAAUCGGUCAGCCGAUGAAAUCCUUAUAGUUAAGAAGCUCCUAUGCUUUGAUCCUGCAAGUAGAGCUACUGCAAUGGAGCUUUUAAACGACAAGUACCUAUCAGAGGAUCCUCUGCCAGUUCCAAUUUCUGAGCUUAGAGUUCCAUUGACUAGAUGUGCUCCUGAUGAGGAUUCCCCUGGUAAUUGGCAUGACUACAGAGAAACAGGUUCAGACUCAGAUAUUGAUGAGUUUGGUGGUGUAAAUGUGACCAAAACCAACACUGGUUUCUCAGUUCGCUUCGACUAAGAAGAGUAGCAGAUUUCAGGGCCAUGUAUCCAGAUACAUGUUCAUCAAUUUUUAAUUCAUCAUUGGCAACCUACAUAAUAUUCUUGGACGCCAUACUGGUAUUAGGCCAGCCAUAAUUAUAGAGUAUGUAAUUUUCCGAGAUGACAGACACUGGCCAGUUUUCGUGAUUGUACUCCUUCAUUCCUUGUAUUUUUUAUUUCCUGUGUAUUAUUAUUUUUAAGAUACUGCUAAUGACAACAAAAUAAGCGAAGCCAUCGCUUUCUAAGUGCAUUUAUCGACUUGUAUAAGAUAAGAUAACCAAGUUUAUCGUGAUUCAUCAUGAAUAUCUCAA